AUGGCCGAGAAGAACCCAGCCCAGCAUGUCGAGUCCUCGCCAGAGGGUCCUACACACGACUACAUGGAGCUCCACCCAUACUUCAGAGACAACGGUUGGGAUCUCGCUCGUUUGACCGACUCUGCUCAAUCGGCCAUCGCUCGCGAGCACAGCCUGUCCUUUCGAGAAGCCGUCCGACUGUGGCCAUGGGCUCUCUUCUUCUCCAUUGGCAUCUCCACAACACUUGUCAUGGAAGGUUACGAUACGGGCUUGAUCAACUCCUUCUUCGGGCUUCCGCAGUUCAGAGAGGCUUACGGUCAGGAGACGUCGGAUGGAGACUAUCAAUUCACAUAUGCGUGGCAGUCGUCCAUCUCAUCGAUGGCUAGUGUUGGCGGAAUCUUUGGUCUGCUCUUCGCGGGUCAGAUUGUCGACCGUAUCGGAUAUCGCUGGACAAUGCUUGUUGGUCUCGGCUGGUUGACAGCCGCCAUCUUCCUCACCUUCUUCGCUCAGAACGUUGUUAUGCUGUUCGUCGGGAAUCUGCUGUGCGGCGUGCCAUGGGGUAUGUUCCAGAGCGUGGCCAGCUCGUACGCCAUCGACACCGCACCCCUCGUACUCCGACCGUUGAUGACCAGCUACAUCAGCUUGUGCUGGGCGAUGGGUCAGUUCAUCAGUACAGGAGUGUUGCGAGGUGUUUUGUCUCGUACCGAUCAAUGGGCAUACCGGAUCCCAUUUGCUGUGCAAUGGGUCUGGCCGCCGAUUCUAGCAGUCGUCGCUGCCCUUGCGCCAGAAAGUCCGUGGUACUUGGUGCGUAAAGGGCGGUUGGCGGAGGCCCGUCAUGCGCUGCGGCGACUUGGUUCAAAGGGUGCACAAGAAGACCACCUUGAUAACAAUAUUGCAAUGAUAUACGUUACGAACGAGCAUGAGCGACAGAUCGAGCAAGGUACGAGUUACGUCGAGCUCUUCCGUGGUGUCAAUCUACGUCGAACAGAGGUGGCAGUCGGAGCAUGGAUGUGUCAAGUGACUUGGUUUGGCGGCAAUGUGACGUACUUUAUGGAACAGGCCAAUGCAUCUGCGCACACCGCCUUCGCCUUCGGCCUCGGCAUGAACGCAGUCUCCUGCAUCGGUACCGUCGCAUCCUGGUUCCUCGUCCCCAAAGUUGGCAGGCGGCCAAUGUACCUCUAUGGCCUCCUCGGCAUGCUCGCAACCUUGCUAAUUGUCGGCUUCCUGGGCAUUCCAUCACCAACCUCCGACAGCAUCUCCUGGGCGUGUGGCAGCAUUCUGAUCAUCAAUAUGCUGCUGUACUUCCUUACUGUCGGACCGGUCUGUUUCACCAUUGUGCCAGAAGUCCCGGCUGCUCGGUUGAGGAACAAGACGGUUGCUGUCGCCCGCGCAGCGUACAAUAUCUGCGGCAUUGGAGCUAGCUUUCUCAACCCUGCCAUCUUGAACCCAGGAGCUUGGGACCUCAGUGCAAAGGGCGGCUUCGUGUGGUCCGCCUUCUGCAUCGUCUCUGUUAUUUGGGUCUUCUUCCGCUUCCCUGAGACCAAGGGCCGGACGCCAAUCGAGUUGGACACGCUCUUUGAACGCAAGACGAGGACUCGUGCUUUCCGCACAGCAGAGAUUGAUACUGGGGAGAUGGCAGACGCUGCCGUGGCAGAUGCUGCUCAUGUGUCGACCAAGGUUGUGGAGGGACAGAAAUGGUCGGUUUGA